CAUUUCAAAUCCGAAGGACGGGACAGAUAAGGAAGACAGCAAGAGGAGAGGAGAAGAAGGAAAGCAGAGCAGAAAGAAAAGGCAAAAAAUGGCGCAUCUGAGAACGGCAAUGGAUGCUGCUUUCUGGGACCUCAACAUUUCGAGCCCUCAAACCCUAGACGGCUCAGCUCGGCACGUGCCUGGUGAGCCUUUGCCGCUUGAGGGGGCCAGAGCCAGUCGAGCACUGCGAGCUCAGCAGCUCUCACUACUGGGCAGUGGUUUCCCUCUUGGUAUCAUCCCUUCCUACUCCCCGACGUCUCAAAAGGAGCUUGGCUCCUUCUCUAUUCAGUCGUUGUUGCUCAAACCCGCCUUUUCUAACGCGUGGUUGGGAAUAAUUGGGCAAUUCCGUCCCAAGAAACUAUUAUCUUCUAUUAAAGCAGAAUUUACAGUUGAUGAUGUGCUAGAUCUGCCUGCAUUUAAAGAUGUGGCUAAGCAUUUCUUGGACAAGUCGCUCUAUGCACUUGGUUUGUGUGCACAGAUUUCUCUGACUCCAGCCUCAUCCUUACUUCUCAUGAAAGAAUCCCAUGGUGAAAGAAAGGGGCAUCGCAAUAAAGCAAUGCUCUUUAACAAGCUUCCACAUCAUGAUGUUACAGUAGAAGCAGCAUGGCCUGAACUAUUCAUUGACCAGAAUGGAAGAUACUGGAGUGUGCCUGAGUCAAUAUCCUUAGAUUUGUCAUCCCUUGUUUCUGAAUCUGGAUUUAGAUACCGUUUUGGUGUCCACAAAAGUAGUGGCCUUCCCCAGGCUUUUAAUGCCACAAGUGGUGAACCACCCUUAGCUCUGAUGCCUGGCUUGUGUGCAACAGCUGCUUUUUCUUAUGAGAAGAGCAGAGACAUCUGGAGGCAAAAGGAGACGAAAAAGGAUGUCAUUAUAAAAACUGAGAAGGGCGAGUAUUGGUGGCCUUCAUAUGAUGUACGACUAAGAGAACCCCAUGCAGCUAUAUCUGGAAUUAUUGGUGGUACCUGUACAGCUUGGCUUGGGGGAAGGGAGAUCUCAGAAACUGUUAAUUCAAGGACUCAAUCAGGAGAUGGGGAGGCUACUACUUCAAGUGCCAGGAAGAGAAAUGCAUUGAGCACAGACAUGUUUGGUUCAAUCUGCUACACAGUCCAACAUGGGAAGUUCAGAAAACUGUAUGGAGAUCUGACACGAGUAGAUGCUCGCUUGGACAUUUCUUCUGCUUCAGCUUUUGCAAAAAGUGCUGCUCAUCUAGUUUCUAGCAUCUUUAGGGGAUCUCCAAACAGAAGUGAAGUGAAUCCACUUUCUUCCCCAAGACUUAAUGUGAUCUUUCAACAGCAGGUCUUGGGGCCAAUCCUCUUUCGAGUGGAUUCAAAGUUUUCACUAGAUUCUUCAUCUGGGAAGCGUGGCCCCAUUGUUGAAGACAUGAUGUACAGCUUAACUUACUCAUUGAGGCUCUUGCGUUCGGGGAAAGUUGUGGCCUGGUAUUCUCCCAAGAGGAAAGAAGGAAUGAUUGAGUUACGUGUUUUUGAGUUUUGAAUAUUGUAAAAUUUUCUUAUCAGUGAGCAGGAACAAAAUCUGGCGGGAGUGUGUGUAUUUGAUUUUUUUUUUCUGUUUUACCCUUGGAUCUUCACUUGAUGACUUGAUCAAAUGGAAGUUAGAGAAACUACUUUGCCUCUUAUAAUUUGAUGUAUAACGUCCUUUGAGUA